UGCAGUGUUACUGCCACCUCUGUACAAAAGACAACUUUACAUGUGUGACAGAUGGGAUGUGUUUUACCUCAGUAACACGAACUGCAGACAAAGUCAUACGCAAUAGUAUGUGUAUAGCAGAAAUUGAUCUGAUUCCCCGAGACAGGCCGUUUGUUUGUUCCCCCUCCUCCAGAGAUGGAGUCAGUACUUUGGCUCAUUGCUGUGACAGAGACCACUGCAAUAAAAUAGAACUUCCAAUUCCAACACCAGGCCCUACUCCAGGAAAACCAGCUUCUAAUCUGGGACCUGUGGAACUGGCUGCUGUCAUUGCUGGACCUGUCUGCUUUGUCUGCAUUUCUCUAAUGUUGAUUCUAUAUCUUUGCCAUAAUCGUACUGUAAUUCAUCAUCGUGUGCCAAGUGAAGAAGAUCCCUCACUGGAUCGCCCCUUUAUAUCAGAAGGAACUACUUUAAAAGAUUUAAUUUAUGAUAUGACAACUUCAGGCUCUGGGUCAGGUUUACCUCUACUUGUGCAAAGAACAAUUGCAAGAACCAUAGUACUUCAAGAAAGUAUUGGUAAGGGCCGCUUUGGUGAAGUCUGGCGAGGGAAGUGGAGAGGAGAAGAAGUUGCUGUGAAGAUAUUCUCUUCAAGAGAGGAACGCUCGUGGUUUCGCGAAGCAGAAAUUUAUCAAACAGUUAUGCUACGGCAUGAAAACAUUCUUGGGUUUAUAGCUGCAGACAACAAAGACAAUGGUACAUGGACUCAGCUGUGGUUGGUGUCAGACUAUCACGAGCAUGGAUCACUCUUUGAUUACCUGAACAGGUAUACAGUAACAGUGGAAGGAAUGAUAAAAUUAGCUUUGUCCACUGCCAGUGGUCUUGCUCAUCUUCACAUGGAAAUUGUUGGCACACAAGGCAAACCAGCUAUUGCCCACAGAGACUUGAAAUCAAAAAAUAUCUUGGUAAAAAAGAAUGGAACAUGCUGCAUUGCAGACCUAGGAUUGGCAGUUAGGCAUGAUUCAGCUACAGACACAAUUGAUAUUGCCCCAAACCACAGAGUGGGAACAAAAAGGUACAUGGCACCUGAAGUUCUAGAUGAUUCCAUAAAUAUGAAACAUUUUGAGUCAUUCAAACGAGCAGACAUCUAUGCAAUGGGAUUAGUGUUUUGGGAAAUAGCUCGGCGAUGUUCAAUCGGUGGAAUCCAUGAAGAUUACCAGUUGCCAUACUAUGACCUUGUUCCUUCAGAUCCUUCUGUUGAAGAAAUGAGGAAAGUUGUGUGCGAGCAGAAGUUAAGGCCCAGUAUUCCAAACAGAUGGCAGAGCUGUGAGGCAUUACGAGUAAUGGCAAAAAUUAUGCGGGAAUGCUGGUAUGCCAAUGGAGCUGCUAGGCUAACAGCUUUGCGCAUUAAGAAAACAUUAUCGCAACUUAGUCAACAGGAGGGGAUAAAGAUGUAAUCCUGGAUUUGCUACCGAAGAAUACUUUAAAAAUCCGUAUCUGCACCAGAGUGGCGUGUUAAGAAGGUUAAUUGUUCUACCUCAUUGGGGGAACAGAAGGAUAUUGCUGCCUUUUAGUACUUCAUAGGAACGUCACUUAUUAGGAUUUUUGUGGACGUGCUAAACAGUUGUGUUGGGUCCUUUCUGUGCACUAUGAACCUCUUUCCCAGGUUACUUACAAAAUGUUGUGUAGUCUAGUUUUUAUUAACCUAUAAUUUUUUAUUUGGAAAGUUGAUAGCUGGUCUUAACUUCUCGUUAACUGUGCUAAAAGUAGGAGGUCACUUUAAAAAGUAGAACUGGUUCACUAUGUUGUUCUAGAGUGCAUUGAUGGCUCUUUAAGCAACUUUAUUCCUGGACGGUACAUUGACUAUUCUGAACCACUGUCAUGGUUCUUUGAUUCAGAUGGUGAAUGUACUGUUGGAGUAUACUUUGCUAGCUAUUAAGGUAGUAUAUCUUUUGGACUCUUACCUUGAUUUACAAAUUGACCUCAUUUGGUUGUGGGAACAUAAUUUAUGCAACUAUACUUUAUACAUGAUUACUGGGUUUUUUCCACUUUUUCAAAACAUUACAUUGCCUUCAAAAUAGAUUGUAUUAUACCAGUAAGUGCCGCUUUUGAGUCUUUUAAUGCACAACAGUAGGAGCGUACAAAGCCUAUGGUACUUUUGGUUUCAAAAACAUGAGUUAAAAAUCAACUGUUCCUUUGCCUAGCUAAGAUCUAAUUCACUCAUUUCAGCUAGUGAGUACGUAAUUUGUGGAAUACCUUGAAUUUUACCAAAAAUCUGACUCUUUAAACCACUGUAGGAGUUUUAAAUAGUGUAAGCUCGUUAAUUCACUGUCAUAAUUUGUAAUUGUCAAGUUGUGAGUCAUAAUUAUAUAUAAGAUUUUUUUUUUUUUAUGAAGUGGUACUUCUAAAUUGCUUGAAGUACCUAUCUACUUCAGAAAAGUAGCAAGAGGAGUAAGAUGUUCUUGAGGGAGACUUUACUCCAUUAAGUCAAAUAUGAAAAGCAUAUUUUCUGUGCAGUUCUGCACAGGCUUAAGGCUCAAAGAACAAUAUUUACAAUUAAAUUAGGUUUAAGUACACCUGUAAUUAGGGAGAAGUUAUUUGGGCUUUUGUACUAGAAAGUUCAAAGCUGCUUAUAAAUUUUAUGUGCAUAUAUUUUGUCUGUGCCUCACACAGAAAGUGGUGAGCUACAGAAAGUGGUGAGCUGCAGGUCUUUGGAUACAAAUACCAGAGGAUUUCAGCAAUCCUCUUCAUAGUUACAAGAACAAAGCUUAUGGUGGCUUGUGUUGUCAUAAGAACACAGGAGAUUAUGCAUGGCUUUAGUCAAGAUUUGCCUGAGAUUUUAAGGAUAUCACAAGACUUUUGUAAAGUUGUUUAGAAAUUGAAUUGUUUCCUGCCCAAAUGUACAACUUCUGCAGGGGACUGGGGGAAAUAAUAUGGAAAAUUCUCUUUUAAAUUCUCUUUAAAAAAACUGCUGUUACCAGGAUAUGUAUUUUUUUAAUUGCAGUUUAAGGAAGAGUCUGGUUGACCUUUGGUUUUGUUAAUGCCCAAAAUAUUCAGUAGUAUUUCAGUAUGUAAAUGUGCCCUAACCUCUUACUCUCCCCAACACAUCAGUAUCCAUCCUAUCAUGCAACACACAUGGCAGUCUUAACUCUGCUUCUUUUUCAUUCUUCAGCAUACAGUCCACUGAGUUUUUCACCAAGCUAGUAGCAGUGGCAGGGUGAUUGCUAACAGAAGCCUAGUGAGAUCUUCUGUGGUCUGUGAUAUAUGGUAGCUAAAACACUAAGAUGGAUGGGUCCUAAUAAUAAAAAGCUAUAUAGGUGAUACAAGCCAAGAUAAGACUUAGCAUUUUGCUAACUCUUGUGUAUUUCCAAAUUCUUACUGCUUGCUUGGAGACAGGUUUCAAUGGUGUGGGAAUUACAGACCUCCACAUGCUGAACUGCAAAUAAUUAUUCAGCCACCUUUAUGGAUGAGUUUACCCACACUGGAAGAUGGCAUCCAGGAGAAGACUGUCAUGCUUAUGUUUGUUUGGCAUUACCUGACCAGUCAGGCUUAUGUGCUUCAGGCCUCUUAUCAAUCAAAGCUGGAUCAAAAUUGACUUCAUGUAGGUAUUUUAAAUAAAGUAUUCCUUUGUGCAAAUGGACAGCUGUGCACCACAGAGUUUUUCAGUUAUGACUGUUCUAAAAAUGUGAUUGAAUAUAACAAAACUCCCAAGUCUGUCUCCUUGGCAUGCCUCUAACAAGUUCUGUGUACCUAGACAAAUACUUAAAGAAAACAGCUCAGCAUCAAAGUAGAACUUACUAUAUCUCCAUACUAAUUUCAAAGGCUUUCUAUUUAAACAAUUUAACUGUUAAAUUUUGAGUUUUUCAUAGGCAUAACUGGAUCUUUACCAUAGAUACAAACGGUAUAGUUCAUAUUUUAGAAUCACCAGGCUACUGGCAUGCUUCAGAUCUCUAUAAUAAUCUUGAUGGUAACAUGAGGGAGCUUCCAAUAUAAUUCAUCAAGUAAUUUCAUUAGUGGUUUUUUUUUUAGUGCACCUACAAAAACUUAUUACCAUAAUGUUUAGUUUCCGAAAACAUAAGAAGCAGUUCCAUUGCUUUCAGAAGAGAAUCUACAGCAGCUGAACAGCAUCAUGGCAUACAGCUUAUUCAGUCAGCUGUACAGUAGCUUGUUACAUCUGUCUCAUCUCAACCACCUACUUAGUUUUCAUUCUCCUGAAUUGCUACCAACUAUUCUUACAUGGCUCUAUUUUUUUUUUUUUUGCUUUGUAAUAGAAGCUUGCAAAAACAAAGCACAGGAAGGAUGCUCAAUACAGUGUGUGACAUUAGGAACAUUAUUUUUGGAUGACCUUAUUAUUCAUAUUGGAAUGCAGAACAGGAAAAUUCUGAAUAGAGCUAUAUGUAUCCUCAGUUCUAACACCACAACUUCAAGCUUUGUUCUUCUUUUCCAUUAUAUAAACUGAACACCUUUUACAAAGGCUGUGUCUGUAUAUAUUAUGUAACUUUAAAUGUUACCUGUGUAAGAUCAUAUCUUAUAUAUAUGGACACAGGUACACAUAAGUAUUUUUUAAAUUAAGAUUGUAAUAUCACCAGAUCUGCUCUUGGAAAUCCAGGGGGACCAAAAUAUUUUAGCAUUCAAAAUAUUAAUUUUGUAUCAUUUCAAUUAUAUACCAAAACAGUUUCUGAUGAAUACUGAUGCAAAUGUUUAUUGUAAAUAUUGCAUACGUUAUACAUUCACUUAAGUUUUGUGGGUUUAAUCAAUUUGACAUUUUAGUAGCAUUGAAGCCUCAGUUUGGUUUACAGACUUGUCACCAGGUGGAUGUGGACAUGGAGAAUAAGGAGCGUUGGAAACGGUCUGAUGCUGAAAAGCCUGAAACGUUGUUUUUGGAAUGCUGGAAUUCUUCAGGGACCUUCCAACCUUAAAAGCUGGAAUUCUGGGAUGUUUCUCAAGCUGACUUUCAAGUAUGACAUACUGUCACCCUCCAGUGGUUCCACUUGUAAUCCUAAGAAGGACUUUGUAUAUAGGUAAAGACGUUGGGAUUGACUGUAAGGGGACAUGAAGGUGUCAAAUGAAAUAAGAGGCUGGUUUGUUUUGGGUUUUUUUUCCAGUAAUGGUUCUGAGUGUGAUUGCCAUGAAAUUCACCUUUUGGUUAGUUCCUUGUUUAUACUGUGCCAUUGAAAUGAUUGCAAGGUGUUAAUCAUUUUGUGUUUAAAAAAAAACAAACAACAACAAAAACUUCACCAUAUCAGUUGCUUUAAACUCAAAUUACCUCUUAAAAGACCAAGGUACAUUUACCUCGUGUAUAUAAUGUUUAAUAUUUUUCAGAACAUUCUCCAGGUUUGCAGUUACACGUUUCUAGAAAUAUGGGUAUUACUAAAUCUACAACUUCAGCGGUACUAAAUGUAUUAUCUGGUGCCCCAAAACACUUUAAUUUUCUGUAUUAUAUUGUAUUAGCAAGUUUGCUGCUUUGUCACUGUAGCACCUGCCCUUACAUAGCUGUGUGGAUACUGCCUUGUAAAUUUUACUUUUUGGAUGAUUUGAGGAUCUUGUACAGAUGAGUGUCACUUUUUUAAACCUUACAAAAUUGUGCAUUUCCUUUACAUUUCUGAAAAUAUGUAUUGUAUUUGUAGAGUAUACAUUUCAAUGGAUUGUAAAUAGGACAGUAGAAGAGUGGAUGCUUAUGUUAAGUGCUAACACUACAGUAGAGAGAUUAAAGCAGUGAAAAUAAAUAACCUUUUUCAAAA